AUGCGUCGCUGCGCAGCAGCCCUCGCUCUGUGCUUAACGUCAAGUGCGUUUGCCGCACAGUGCGGCAAUACUACCAUUCACAGCGCCGCAGACGCUGAUGCUUUGCGCAAAGCCUGCCGUGUAGUCGACGGCACCAUUACUAUUCCGCUGAGUUUGAAUCAGCUGGAGAACAUUUCUCUCGAUGGUAUUGAGGUCAUCAAUGGCGACUUGAGAAGCUACAAGUGCGGCUCUAUAUCCAUCAAACGCCGAUCACCGACAAAUAGUUCAGUCGUAAGCUUCUCAAGCUCAACCCUUACAACCAUCCAUGGAGAUCUUGCGCUGGAUGGAUGUAUCCCAGACUUUACAAACAUUAGUUUUCCAAACCUCAAGACUAUUGACGGAGCCUUCGAUCUCGUUAAUUCUGCGUCUCUGGCCUAUCUCGACAUCACCAACCUAGACUCGGUCGGCUACUUUCGCCUCUACUCCCCAACUCUUGUAACGAUGGUGCACAACGAGCUGCGCAAUGUCACAGGAGCCCAUGGCACCAAGAAGGUUGUUGUCGAGCAGACAAGUCUUACCUCAGUUGAUAGCUUGUUUCGGAAUCCCCUCGACAUAGGUGAUUCUCCCGCCAGUAUCGAG